CGGGGAAGAGGUAUAAAACAAGACCCAUGCUUCAGUCCCGCCCGCCAUAGCAGCCUGCCCUUCUCGACGUGUGCUACUGCACAGUUGCUACGUGCAAAAAAUGUCCCCGCCUAUGAAAGGCUGGCGAGAUAGUUUCAGUGCUCUAGGGGACCUGUACCAAAGACAUGUCAAAGGCAGUGAGUCGCCAUCCGUUGGCCUGUGUGCUUCCCUUUCAGUCGUGACCGUCCUUACCGCCCGCACGACCCACACUGAACUGCUUCUGCUGCCUGCUACGACUUCAGAAAUCUGUCGAGCGGUGGCCAUGAAGACUAACGCUUGGCCAGUUCCCAAAGCGCCGGCCAUCUCUCCCAGUGCCGCGGCCCUGUUGUCGGCUGCCUAUGUCUUCAUCUACGUAAUCCCCUUCUACCUGUCACCAGCGACACGGCCCUCACCUACUCUCACACGCGAUGCACCCUCGUCGAUACGCGCCCGAACGCGGGCCGUCACCUUCUCCACCAUAGUCUGCUCUGCCAUCACCGUACUGGUACUCUACCAACACGAUGUAUCGGCAACAGACAUCUUGAGGCUGCUGGGCUUGUGGCCCGCAUCGCCCUUCGAUACCGCGAGAUCUAUGCUGCUCGUAGCCAUCCUCUUCGCAGGCCCAAUAUUUGAGCAAGGUGUCGUAGAUGGUGACUUGAAAGACUGGAUACGGCUAAGAGGACUCCACGAGACUCUGAGCAGCUGGAUUGGAUACAGGAAUCUUGUAGUGGGCCCCGUCAGUGAAGAGCUCGUCUGGCGGUCUUUCAUCGUGCCACUGCAUGUCUUGGCCCACUUCUCCGAAAAGCAAAUCGUCUUUCUCACCCCACUCUACUUCGGCAUUGCCCACCUCCACCAUCUCUACGAGUUCCGUAUAACACACCCAGAGGUUCCGCUCUUCGUGGCGGUCCUUCGGUCGCUCUUCCAGUUCACGUACACAUCAUUAUUCGGAUUCUUUGCCGCAUUCGUAUAUAUUCGCACGGGUAAUGUCUAUACAUGCAUGUUAGCUCAUACAUUCUGCAAUUGGAUGGGUCUUCCCCGCUUCUACGGCCGUGUCGGAGUCGAAGCAGGCAUACCCAUUGGCCCUCCAGAUGUUGAUAAGAAAGAUGAUGAGCAGAGAAAUGUGCCGUCGUCCCAGGGAACGCGUGUUGUGUGGACCGCUGCGUACUAUGUCAUACUUGUAGCAGGUGCUGUGGGUUUCUACUACCAGUUGUUCCCAUUGACGGAGAGCAGCUACGCCUUGCCCGUCGUCUUAACAGCGGCAUAAACUUAGUGUAUUGUUAGAGACGGACGUAGAUGUCCGCAAUGAACGUUACAUAUCCUCAUCUCUAAAACAGUAGAUUACUUUAGACUUGCAAUCGCCCACCAAUUAUCUUUUUCGUACCCAGAUUCCACUACCGCGCCACCCGCUUGCUCAAUAUCACUUUCCAACUCACCCUUCUUAUACAAGUGAUAGUACCUCAAGAAAGUCUGAUCACCAUCAGGUUUCUGCUCACCCUCUGCCGCCACCACCUCGUUCGAAGCACCAUCCCUCUUUCUCUGCUUGGGCUCCUUCACUUUCUUCUGCUUCAAGACCCACGGAACCAUGACAUCCUGUUCAUGACCCUCAUCCCACCCUCUCCGGCUAUCCUUUUGCUCCAACGCC